AUGUGCGUCAACCCUCAACCAGUGGUUGGGCUGUUUAGUUGUCUCUCCCUCGGAACAGAAAGACCCGAAAAGGUGGCCGGAGUUGAAGCCGGUUUCGAUUUGCUCAGAUCGCUCAUUCGUCAGUGGACCAGCCAAAAGUACAGUAGUAGCGAAAAACGGCGUAUAAAGGUGCAUCUCCAAACCCAGCAAAUGGGGAAGAUGACUAUGGGUCAAAUGGCAUUUAAACUUUACAAAAGUGAUGGUGUGCUGUCGUUUUACAACGGAAUAUCCGCAUCCUUGUUACGGCAACUCACAUACUCCACUACUCGCUUCGGAAUGUAUGAAACGCUAAAGAAGCAGUUUCCCUCUGAUCAGCCUCUGCCCUUCUAUCAGAAAGCACUCCUUGCCGGAUUUUCUGGUGCGUGUGGUGGUUUUGUUGGUACACCUGGGGAUCUGGUUAAUGUUAGAAUGCAGAACGACGUCAAGUUGCCCAUGACAGAGAGGCGUAACUACAAACAUGCUUUGGAUGGUGUCGUUCGCAUUUUAAGGGAGGAAGGAGCGGUACGCCUGUUUGGAGGCGCAUCCAUGGCGACUUCGAGAGCAGUUCUAAUGACUAUUGGACAACUUUCCUUCUACGACCAAAUCAAGCAAAUGAUGAUUGAAAGCGGAAUUGCGCAAGACAACUUGUACACUCAUUUUUCGAGCAGCUUUUGCGCGGCUAGCAUUGCCACAGUCUUGACUCAGCCUUUGGAUGUAAUGAAAACCCGUUUAAUGAACGCUCCUCCAGGCCAAUUCAAGGGUAUUUUUGAUUGCUUCCUUUAUACGGCAAAGUUGGGACCAACCGGAUUCUUCAAGGGCUUCAUCCCUGCUGAGGAGAAGCGUCUAAGAAGGAAAUUGCGUCGUCAGCUGAAACGUGAUCAUGAGAGCGAAUGGACGUCAAGGACAAAGGAGUUUGAAAAGGCGUGGAAGGACAAGAACCAGUGGAAGGUUAAUGCUUUGCUAGAAAACUAUAGCGGCUUGAUGAAGAAGUGUUGA